AUGAAGGAUAUAAAGGACAUUAAAACGUUAAAUGAUAUACUCGUGAAUGAUGGUAAUUAUGAAUCAACAUUAUCAUCACGGUCGUCUUCGUCAUCUUCAAAUACGUACAUUCCGACAUCAAAUCAUUCAUCGACCUCAACUUCAAAUCCAAUUCCAAUUCCACAAGAAGAAGAAACAAUAAAAAUUUCAACAGAAUAUGAACGGGACAUCAUUGAAUUACAUAUACUUAAAUUACAUGAUCCGUCAAUUAUUGACAUGUUGGAAAAACAAUUGUGUAAGGUUAAUGGUAUAGAAAAUGUCGAGAUUGAUUUUGCGACAGGAAAUGCUAUCAUAAAUUAUAAUAAAAAAUUCUUGGGUACGAGAGAUAUGGUGGAAAAGAUUGAAUACUUGGGAUUUAAAUGUAAAUUAAUUAAUAAUAUUAAAUCAAAUCAAUUGGAUUAUUUUACCAAGCAAGACGUGAUAUCGGAAUGGAAAAGAUCAUUUUAUUAUUCCCUAACAUUUACGAUACCCAUACUCGUUAUUUCAAUGAUAUUACCGAAAUUUGAAUGGGGGUUAAGUAUCAUUAACCUGGAAUUAUUUCAUGGAUUAUACGUUGGUGAUUUGGUCUCGUUCUUAUCAUGUUUGAUCGUACAAUUUGGAAUCGGAAAGAAAUUUUACAUUGCAACUUUUAAAGAGAUUAGAGAUGGAAACUUUACAAAGAAUUUAUUGAUCGUAAUCGCAACUUCCAUCGCAUUCUUCUUUUCUUGUUAUUCAAUGAUUGAUUCAAUUUUUAAUGAUUUGUCAUCCACACGCCCUUUGAUAAUGUUUGAUACAUCCGCCACCUUAAUAACAUGCGUUGCAUUAGGUAAUUAUUUAGAAAAUGUAGCAAAGAGAAAUAGUUUAGAAUAUGUAACCGGUUUAUUAUCACGUAUACCGAAAUCAACAACGAUCCUUCACUUCAAUGGAGAGAUAACAGGGGAAAGGAUCAUACCUACGGAAUAUUUACAAGUUGGUGAUGUAGCAAAAAUAUCACCAGGGAUGAUAAUUCCGGCCGAUGGAAAGGUCAUCUCUGGAUUAUCCGACGUAAACGAAUCGAUGAUCUUGGGAAAGCCACCCGGACAAACGGUAAGAAAGGUUCGUCGUGGAGAUGAUGUGAUUGGUGGAUGUGUUAAUGGAUCGGGAAAUUUUGAAAUGCAAGUCGUUCGUGUAGGAAAUGAUAGUAUAUUAUCACAAAUCAUUAAAUUUGUCAAAGAUUCACAAGUGACGAAUCAAUCACCAAUCCCGACCUAUUCAUAUAAAUGUUUUAUCCUUGGAAUCAUUACGUUGGGAAUAAUAUUAUUUAGUUUAUGGGUGUUCACCAAUUUAGAAAUGUACCUUAAUUUAAGCAUUUCCAUCUUAAUCCUUCCUUGCUUAUCCCUCAUCUCGACGGAUGUUAGAGUUGGCAGUGACAUUGGAGCUCGAAAUGGUAUUUUAAUUAAAGGGAAACGAGCAUUCACUCAAGGUACUAAAAUAACAAAAGUUAUUUUCAAUAAAACCGGAACAUUGACUCAAGGAAAGUUUGAUCUAACACAUUAUGAACUCAUGAAUGAAGGUUUAAAGGAAAUCACACCAGAGAUCUUUUUUACAUUGAUCGGAGCCGUAGAAUCAUUAAGCGAACAUCCGAUAGGAAGAUGUAUCGCUGAUUAUAGUAAACAAUUAUUAAAAGGAGAAUGCGAUGAUGAUGUUGAUGUUAGUAAUUUCGAAUAUAUAACCGAAAGAGGAACGGGAAUUAAGUGUGAUGUAUUGCUUAAUACUUUCUCGUAUUUAUCGUUUUAUAACACAUCGAGAUCGUAUAAGGUAUUGAUUGGAAAUAUUGAAUUUAUUUCAAAACUUCAUCGAAUUGAAAUACCUAAAUCCGCUUUAUUAAUUAAAGAAAACCAAGAAUUAUUAGGUAGAACGAUAGUAUUAGUAGCCAUCAAUAAUACAUUUAUAGGAUUGUUGUCUUUAUCAGAUUUGAUUAAUCCUGAAACGAAAUUGACGGUUGGCGCAUUAAAAUUCAUGGGAAUAAAAGUUGCCAUGAUAACGGCCGAUGAAAGAUUGACCACACAAACGAUCGCCUCUCAAUGUGGCAUAGAUGAAAUCUAUUUUCAACUUUCAUCAAAGGAUAAAAUAAAUGUCACCCGAUCGUUACAGUUAACUGAUAAUAUAGCGAUGUGGAAGUUUAAUCGAUGUAGUUGCUUCUUUGGACUUGUCAAAAAAAGUAUUUCGAAAUAUGAAAUUAAAUUUGGUCAUUAUCACUUGUUUUCUCAUGCUUCUCGCUCGUUUGAGUGUCGCGUUUUCUAG